AUGCAGCCCGGACUGCGGCCGAGGCUGCAGGCGCGGCCCUCGCUGCUGGACUUGCUGAUACGCCGCAGGAGGAGCGAGAGCGACGAUGCGCCUGGCCGGCCGAGCUCGCUGUUCCGUAGCAGUUCGUGUCCUGGUGCCGCGACGGUGACGGCUGCCGCAGCCGCUGGCCGCACGAGUACAUCGUCGCCUCCACUGUCGCCGCCAGCAGCUCCCACUAAUCCCGAUGCCAACCCUCCACCAGCGACGCCGCCGCCGCGGCCGCCACAACCACCGCCUGGAGCGCGAGCACCACUAUUAUUACCACCACCCUAUCCUGAGACCGCAGCUGUAGAGCUGCCGAGCCCAAACUCUCCACUCUCAACCUCAACCUCAUCCGCCUCCACCCCUCCGCCGUCCCCCCCACAGUCUCCCUCGCCGCUCUCCUCCUCCUCCAUCGUCGACGAAGAAGCCGAGCCGACCGACGCUCCGCCCAAGAUGGUUGCUAAGAAAGCAAACGACCACGAUGGCGAGGCCAUCCAGUAUGGCAAAAUCUUCUCCGUCUCGGGGCCCGUCGUCAUCGCCGAGGACAUGAUCGGCGUUGCCAUGUACGAGCUGGUCAAAGUAGGCCACAGCAACCUCGUCGGCGAGGUGAUUCGAAUCAACGCCGAUCAAGCGACCAUUCAGGUCUACGAGGAGACCGCCGGCGUCAAGGUCGGCGACCCCGUCGGCCGAACCGGCAAGCCCUUGUCCGUCGAGCUCGGCCCCGGCCUCCUCAACGGCAUCUACGACGGCAUCCAGCGGCCCCUCGAGGACAUCGCCCACGUGGCCAAGAGCAUCUACAUCCCCCGCGGCAUCGCCGUCCCCGCCCUCGACCGAGUCAAGAAGUGGGAUUUCACGCCGACGAUGAAGGUGGGCGAUCACAUCACGGGCGGUGACAUCUGGGGCACCGUCUUCGAGAACUCGUUCAUCUCGACGCACAGGAUCAUGCUCCCGCCCCGCGCCCGCGGCGUCAUCACGAGGAUCGCGCCCAAGGGAGCCUACACGGUGGCGGAGAAGAUCCUCGAGGUCGAGUUCGCCGGCGUCAAGACCGAGUACCCCAUGAUGCAGCUGUGGCCCACGCGCGUCCCCCGGCCGACGACGGAGAAGCUCGCCGCCGAUCAGCCCUUCAUCGUCGGCCAGCGCGUCCUCGACGCCCUCUUCCCCGGCGUCCAGGGCGGCACGACGGCCAUCCCGGGGGCCUUUGGCUGCGGCAAGACGGUCAUCAGCCAGUCGGUUUCCAAGUUCUCCAACAGCGACGUCAUAGUCUACGUCGGCUGCGGCGAGCGCGGCAACGAGAUGGCCGAGGUCCUCAAGGAUUUCCCCGAGCUCACCAUCGACGUCGACGGCCGCAAGGAGCAGAUCAUGAAGCGGACGACGCUCAUCGCCAACACGUCCAACAUGCCCGUCGCCGCGCGCGAGGCCUCCAUCUACACGGGCAUCACCGUGGCCGAGUACUUCCGCGACCAGGGCCUCAACGUCGCCAUGAUGGCCGACUCGACCUCCCGCUGGGCCGAGGCGCUGCGAGAGAUCUCGGGCCGUCUCGGCGAGAUGCCGGCGGACCAGGGCUUCCCCGCCUACCUCGGUGCCAAGCUCGCCUCCUUCUACGAGCGGGCCGGCAACGUCAAGUCGCUCGGCUCGCCCGAGCGCAGCGGCAGCGUCAGCAUCGUCGGCGCCGUCAGCCCGCCCGGCGGCGACUUCUCCGACCCCGUCACCACGUCGACGCUCAACAUCGUCCAGGUCUUCUGGGGUCUCGACAAGAAGCUCGCCCAGCGCAAGCACUUCCCCUCCAUCAACACGGCCGCCUCCUACUCCAAGUACACCAACGUGCUCGACAAGUGGUACGAGAAGGACUACCCCGACUUCCCGAGGCUGCGCGACCGCAUCAAGCAGCUGCUGACGGACUCGGAGGAGCUCGACCAGGUGGUGCAGCUCGUCGGCAAGAGCGCCCUGUCGGACCAGGACAAGAUCACCCUCGACCUCGCCAGCCUCAUCAAGGAGGACUUUCUGCAGCAGAACGGCUACUCCGACUACGAUCAGUUCUGCCCCAUGUGGAAGACGGAGUGGAUGAUGAAGCUCAUGGUCGGCUUCCACGACGAGUCGCAGAAGGCCAUCGCCCAGGGCCAGAGCUGGGCCAAGGUGCGCGAGGCCACGACCGAGCUGCAGGCCAAGCUGAGGCAGCUCAAGUUCGAGCUGCCCUCGGAAGGCCAGGAGGCCGUUUCCAAGAAGUACGAGGCCAUCCAGCAGACCAUGAUGGACAAGUUUGCCUCCGUCACGGACGAGUAG